UGCGUGCAGGCUUUGAAGGGAGGGAUGAGAGAGAAAGUGCAACUGGCUACCAAGUUUGCGAUUAGGAUACUGGAAGGUGGUAAAAUGGACGUUUGUGGCGAUCCGGCCUACGUGCGGGAGGCUUGCGAGGCUAGCUUGAAGCGUCUUGACAUCGAUUGUAUUGAUCUCUAUUACGUUCAUCGCAUCGAUACUCGUGUACCAAUUGAAAUCACGGUUGUUGACAAGUUCAAUUUCAUCUUUAUAGAUGAAAAAGCUCAUGUCGCACUUUACUUAAUCUCUUUUAUGCCAUGCUUUUACCAGAUGGGAGCACUCAAGAAAUUAGUUGAAGAGAGUAAAAUAAAAUAUAUCGGUCUAUCUGAAGCUUCACCUAAUACAAUCAGAAGGGCGCAUGUUGUUCAUCCAAUAACAGCUAUACAACUGGAAUGGUCCUUAUGGACUAGAGAUGCAGAGGAAGAGGUCAUUUCCACUUGCAGAGAACUUGGCAUUGGAAUCAUUCCCUAUAGUCCUUUAGGAAAGGGCUUCUUCACAUCAAGUCCACAAAUGGUUGAGAAAUUGCCAGAAAAUGACUUUAGACAGGUAUAUAGAUCUGAAAAAAAUUAUCUCUUCAACAUUAUUUUGAGGUUAAUUAAUAUUAUCUUAGGGGCAUUGAUCUUUGUGACUGUGCCAAGGUUCCAACCCGAGAAUGUCGAGUAUAACAAAAAAUUGUACGAGCAAGUUAAUGUAAUAGCAACAAGGAAAGGAUGCACUAUAUCACAGCUAGCAUUGGCAUGGGUCCAUCACCAAGGGGAUGAUGUUUCUCCCAUACCCGGCACCACCAAGAUCGAAAACUUCAAUCAGAAUGUCGGAGCUUUAUCUAUAAAAUUGACACCCGAUGAAAUGGUUGAGCUUGAAUCUAUUGCUACAGCUGAUGCGGUGAAGGGUGAGAGAGAUGAAAAAGCUCAUGUCGCACUUUACUUAAUCUCUUUUAUGCCAUGCUUUUACCAGAUGGGAGCACUCAAGAAAUUAGUUGAAGAGAGUAAAAUAAAAUAUAUCGGUCUAUCUGAAGCUUCACCUAAUACAAUCAGAAGGGCGCAUGUUGUUCAUCCAAUAACAGCUAUACAACUGGAAUGGUCCUUAUGGACUAGAGAUGCAGAGGAAGAGGUCAUUUCCACUUGCAGAGAACUUGGCAUUGGAAUCAUUCCCUAUAGUCCUUUAGGAAAGGGCUUCUUCACAUCAAGUCCACAAAUGGUUGAGAAAUUGCCAGAAAAUGACUUUAGACAGGUAUAUAGAUCUGAAAAAAAUUAUCUCUUCAACAUUAUUUUGAGGUUAAUUAAUAUUAUCUUAGGGGCAUUGAUCUUUGUGACUGUGCCAAGGUUCCAACCCGAGAAUGUCGAGUAUAACAAAAAAUUGUACGAGCAAGUUAAUGUAAUAGCAACAAGGAAAGGAUGCACUAUAUCACAGCUAGCAUUGGCAUGGGUCCAUCACCAAGGGGAUGAUGUUUCUCCCAUACCCGGCACCACCAAGAUCGAAAACUUCAAUCAGAAUGUCGGAGCUUUAUCUAUAAAAUUGACACCCGAUGAAAUGGUUGAGCUUGAAUCUAUUGCUACAGCUGAUGCGGUGAAGGGUGAGAGGUAUCCAUCUUCACACAUGGCUUUCACUUGGAGAUUUGCAAAUACUCCUCCUCUGUCCUCUUUGAAAGCUAAAUGA